GAAGAAUAACGAAAGAGGAGGAAAAGGAGGUAAGCAUAUCGGUGGGUCGAGUUUGGAGAAGAGGGCUAGCCGCUGGCUGGUCUAUAUUUCUUGCAUUUGCAUUUGCUUCUCUAAUCGGCAUCUCACCAGAAAUCAAAGAACGAAAUAAAUAUCUGCCACUUCUUUUCCUCCUCCGAAUCUCUGUUUUCUUUCGUCGUUUAAUGCAUCAGUGCCUUUGCAUUUGAAGUUUUCUUUUUCCUGGUGUGUGUCGUCAUUGGUUUUGGUAUCUGUAACUCCCGACUAGGUUUAGGGUUAGCGUAUUUUUGAAGAGAUGCGGUUGAUAGGAUAACGAAAGAGUCGAACGUGGAUCUUUCCCAUCCUCGAACAAUCAUGGAUUCCAGUUUCUCUUCGAGCGGCAACAGGAGUUCUUCUGAUGGGGAUUUUGCCUUUGCUUUCAACGACAGCAAUUUUUCCGAUCGUGUUCUUCGGAUCGAAGUCAUGGCUGGAUUAUCAGAGAACAAAUCUGACGGCGAUGGUUGUAAUAGCAUUGCUGACUGGGCUCGCAAUCGGAAACGGAGGAGGGAGGACAUUAAGAAGGAAAAUGCUGCAGAUGUUACUUGGUGCUGUGAAGAGCAGAUUUUAAACUGUGGGCAGCCUGAUUCAGAGGAUGGCGUUGCUUAUGAAAACCAAGAUGAGGAACCUGUAGCUAUGAUUGAGGAGUCACCUUCAGGUGAUGAGGCUGCCCAAGGUAAUGAAUCAUCUUGGAGCAUGGAUUGUUGUACAGUUCUGAGAAUUAGGACCAUCCAUAUCAGCUCUCCAAUUUUGGCAGCAAAAAGUCCAUUUUUUUAUAAGCUUUUUUCAAAUGGGAUGAGAGAAUCAGAGCAGCGACAUGUAACAUUGAGAAUCAAUGUCUCUGAGGAAGCUGCACUCAUGGAGCUCCUGAAUUUCAUGUAUAGCAAUACACUGACAACAACCACAGCUCCUGCCUUGUUGGAUGUGCUGAUGGCUGCUGACAAAUUUGAAGUUGCUUCUUGCAUGAGGUACUGCAGCCGGUUGCUACGGAACUUGCCCAUGACACCAGAAUCAGCCUUGCUUUAUCUGGAGCUUCCUUCAAGUGUUUUGAUGGCUGAAGCAGUUCAGCCACUGACUGAUGCAGCCAAGCAAUACCUUGCUGCACGUUACAAAGAUAUAACCAAGUUCCAAGAUGAGGUGUUGAAUUUGCCCCUAGCAGGAAUUGAGGCAGUGUUGUCCAGUGAUGAUCUACAGGUGGCAUCAGAAGAUGCGGUCUACGACUUUGUUCUCAAAUGGGCACGGGCGCAAUACCCAAAGCUGGAGGAGCGGCGGGAGAUUCUUGGAUCACGCCUACUGCGACUGAUCCGAUUUCCUCACAUGACAUGCCGUAAGUUGAAGAAGGUUCUUAGCUGUAAUGAUUUUGAUCAUGAGAUUGCAUCCAAGGUUGUGCUUGAAGCACUGUUCUUCAAGGCUGAAGCUCCACACAGGCAACGAAGUCUUGCUGCAGAGGAAUCAACAGCCGUAAGUCGUCGCUUCAUUGAGAGGGCUUAUAAGUAUCGUCCUGUCAAGGUUGUGGAGUUUGAACUGCCGAGACAACAGUGCGUGGUAUACUUGGACCUGAAGCGGGAGGAGUGUUUAAAUCUGUUUCCAUCAGGGAGGGUUUAUUCACAAGCCUUUCACUUGGGUGGACAAGGGUUCUUCUUAUCUGCCCACUGCAAUAUGGACCAACAAAGUUCAUUCCACUGCUUUGGAUUGUUUUUGGGGAUGCAAGAGAAGGGGUCAGUGAGCUUUGCAGUGGACUAUGAGUUUGCAGCAAGGUCAAAGCCAACAGAGGAGUAUGUGAGCAAAUACAAAGGCAACUACACAUUCACCGGGGGCAAAGCAGUGGGCUACCGGAACUUGUUUGCCAUACCAUGGACAGCUUUUGUGGCUGAGGACAGCCUUUACUUCAUUAACGGCAUUCUUCACCUUAGGGCGGAGCUUACCAUCAAACACUAACAACCCCCUUCCUCCAUAUUUCCGGCAGGCAGGUAUAGUAAAACACCAUGGUCCAUGGGAGUUCUAAAGAAAAAUGUACAUUUGUUUUAUGGAGCGAGCGAGGCAUUAUUGAGUCGUUAGCCAUGAAUGUUGAAUUUCCCAAAUCUCAACAUUUUUUGUCUUU